GGUUUGGCCGUUGAAGCGUGUGGUUGCAUGUACGCAUUUCAUUGUGUUAACCCGAGUGCAAUGUGGAAAUAUCCACUGUAAUUAUGGCCAUAAUGAGGAGCCAUAGUAUUUCAGUGGUGUUGGUAUAAUAGUUUCUCAAAGUGCUGAGUGGCUGCUGGCGGGAGGAUAUAAACCCAGUGUGUACUUGUUAAUUAUAGUGGUAAAGCCCAGUAAGAAAUAGAGCCAAGAUGGCCGACCUAGAGGCAGUUCUCGCCGAUGUUAGUUAUUUGAUGGCUAUGGAGAAGAGUAAAUCGACUCCUGCCGCCCGAGCCAGCAAGAAGAUUCUCCUACCAGAUCCAAGCGUGCGGAGCGUCAUGCACAAGCACUUAGAGAAGAUGGGGGAGGUCAACUUCGAUAAAAUCUUCAACCAGAAACUCGGUUAUCUUCUUUUUAAAGAAUUUUGUGAAACAGUGUGCGAGGAACCUGUGCCACAGCUCAAGUUUUACGAAGAGAUCAAAGCGUACGAGAAGAUUGAGAAUAAAGAAGAGAGAAGACGGAUAGCCCGUGAGAUCUACGAUAACUUCAUCAUGAAGGAACUUCUAUCAAACACCCACGCCUACAACAAGGAAUCUGUAGCCUUCGUACAAAAGCACCUGACGAAAAACGAGGUGCCAACGGAUUUAUUCGAGCCCUACAUAGAGGAAAUAUUUACGCAUUUACGAGGUGAUCUCUUUAACAAAUUCGUAGAAAGUGACAAGUAUACGAGGUUCUGCCAAUGGAAAAAUCUAGAGUUGAAUAUUCAACUAACAAUGAAUGACUUCAGUGUCCACCGGAUCAUAGGUCGUGGAGGGUUUGGAGAGGUCUAUGGGUGUCGCAAAGCAGACACUGGUAAAAUGUAUGCUAUGAAAUGUCUUGACAAAAAACGUAUUAAGAUGAAGCAGGGAGAGACGUUAGCCCUGAACGAACGUAUUAUGCUAUCUCUAGUCAGCACAGGGGUGGAUUGUCCAUUUAUUGUCUGUAUGACUUAUGCCUUCCACACGCCGGACAAACUUUGCUUCAUUCUUGAUCUCAUGAAUGGAGGAGACCUGCACUACCACUUGUCUCAACACGGUGUAUUUAAUGAUCAAGAGAUGAGAUUCUAUGCUGCUGAAGUUAUUUUAGGCCUCGAACACAUGCAUCGUCGUUUUAUUGUGUAUCGGGAUCUUAAACCUGCAAAUAUCCUUCUGGAUGAGCAUGGUCACGUAAGGAUAUCAGAUUUAGGCUUAGCGUGUGACUUUUCUAAAAAGAAACCUCAUGCAUCUGUGGGUACUCAUGGUUACAUGGCACCAGAAGUCCUGAGUAAAGGAACUGCAUAUGACAGCUCAGCAGAUUGGUUCUCCUUUGGUUGUAUGUUAUACAAGUUGCUCAAAGGCCACUCACCUUUUAGGCAACAUAAAACACGGGACAAACAUGAAAUUGACCGAAUGACUUUAACAAUGAACGUUGAACUUCCAGACACAUUUUCUCAAGAUCUUCGCAGUCUUCUAGAAGGCCUUCUUCACAGAGAUGUUGAUAAAAGAUUGGGUUGUAGAGGAAGAGGAGCUGACGAAGUGAAGGAACAUCCAUUCUUUGCUGGGAUGGAUUGGCAACAAGUAUACCUUCAGAAAUACCAACCACCAUUAAUUCCUCCUCGGGGAGAGGUCAAUGCUGCAGAUGCUUUCGACAUUGGUUCAUUUGACGAGGAGGAUACUAAAGGUAUUAAGUUGACCGAUGCUGAUCAAGAAUUGUAUAAGAACUUCCCCUUAGUUAUAAGUGAGCGAUGGCAGACAGAAGUAGCUGAAACAGUAUUUGAUACCAUAAAUCAAGAAGCAGACAAGGUUGAAUUGAAGCGAAGAGCAAAACAUAAAUUUAAGUUUGAUACCGAUGAAAAAGAAUCAGACUGUAUUAUCCAUGGUUACAUAAAGAAAUUGGGUGGACCCUUCACAUCUGCAUGGCAAACUCGGUAUGCUAAGCUGUAUCCAAAUCGUGUUGAACUUCAUUCUGAGUCCAGUUCGGGAAAACCUGAGCUUAUAUUCAUGGACCAGCUAGAUGAUGUUUCUUCUGAUUUUGUUCAAAUUAAGGGAGAAAACUGCAUAGUGCUCAAGACCAAAGAUAGCAAGAUAGUUCUAACUAAUCCUGAUGAAAUUGGUCUUAAGGAAUGGUCAGUUUCAUUAAGAUCAGCUCACAAAAUGUCUUUGGAACUCCUAAGCAACAUGGCAAAGAAAGCGGGUAAAAUUUAUGGAACAGAAGGUAAUAAUAAACCUUCGUUUAUGGCACGAAAUGGCAAUGGUAAUUAAUGUGUGUCACUGAAACAUAGUUGAUCCCAAGUACACCAUGUUUCAUUGACCAACUGAUUCUCAAAUCAGCCAGGCUUACUGGUUUAAAAACUGUGGUAACUUCCUCACAUACACUAGUGUAAAAAUCUAGAAAGGAAACAGAUUGAAAGCUAUGUAGAUAAAAGUGAAUAAAAUAACUAUCCUGUAUUACAUUCAGAAUGUGAAAUGGUGAUAAAAGUGGAUCUAAAAACAAACUGUGAUGAUAACAUGAUCACUUAGAUUUAAAAAGACACUUAUUAGAAUCUUCACAGUCGGUCCUAUUAUAAACAGUGUGUUCAUCUGCUAUUGUAGGACAUGUCGAGUUUGUGAUAUAGAUUCUCAAAACAACUUUUCUACCAGUGAAUUUAUAUGGAACUGAAGUGAUUAUUGAAAGUAGCUCUCCGAGAGGAAAUAGAAGUGGAACCGAUUUAUUUUCAUGGGAAUGCUAUGUACAUUAUGCUUAAUUAUUGUUGCUACUAUUUGCAAUAGUGUAUAUUUGCAUCUAAAAAUUCAUACCAGAAAUAUUUUUACCUAUAUGAUAUUUCAGAGGUUUGACAGAAACAGGGCUCUAUCUAAUAACAUCAAUAAUAAUAUUGAUUAAACAAUAAAAACAAUCCUGGGAAGUGUACAUGUACAUACGUAUGUGAUGUGUGUUUUGUAUAAUAUAUAUAUAUACGUACAUGUGUUCAUGCUUGUACAUAUAUAUAUGCCAUGUAUAUAUACAAAGUCGAAUCCCAGAAUUUAUGGGCUCUUUGUUUAUUUACCCAUUUACAGUAUCCUAAGGAAUAUUUAUUUAUAUUGUAUGGAACAAAUUCAAUAAAGUGAAACAUGAGCAAAAUUUAAAGAGUAUUCAAGAGGACUUUCUUAUAUCAGUAAAAUUUCACCUUUGGAGUGCAUUAAAGGACUUUCUUACAUGAGAAAAAUUUUAUCUUUAGAGUGUAUUAUUUUACAACAUUUAGUAGCGAACUUUACAGUGGAGAGAAGACGAGAGACAUAACCUCAAGAAAAAGGAAAACCUAGAAUAUUAUGGUCUGCAGAGGAGAGAAAUAAGAUAGUCAUUGAGUAUAUUCUUAACUGUUAGUAGGCAAAGCAGUUGGUUUUUAGAUAAUUUAUUUAUUGAUGGCACAUAACAACAGGGAUCAUUGUAAAUACCCUAUGACAAUGGAGUCUGACUAAUAUAUAUAUAUAUAUAUAU